AUGCACACCCGUGUAUUUCCAUAUUGCCCAAAAUACCCCUGCUUCCUCUCUCUCUUCAAUAGUACGGGAGGAACGACGCAUCCGGCCAUCGCCGGCGGCGCCACGCAUCUGGCCCGUGAAGACGGUGGCGCUGGUGGUGCUGACCGGCCCGUGUCUGUCGCCCCAUACAACGUCGACAACAUGCUCAGCCUCCCCUCCUGUAUUGGCGCCACCGGCAAGUCCUCUGCCGCUCGCGACAGUGCGCUCUCCGACGACCCCGAAAUGCACGGCGCCAACGACCCUGGACAGCUCGUACCUGAUGAACAAGGCUCGCGCGUUCCUGGAGCUGUUCUUCUUCGCGAUGUGGUUCGGGUUGGCAACAUGUGCGUGUUCGGCGCGCGACUCGGAUCGUUCCACCGCGCGCCGGCGCCGAGGCUGUACGCGCUCUGCAUCGGCCUCCUAGCCUGGAACGUCGUCGUCUACUCGCUCCCAUUAUUCCUCCUGCUCUGCUGCUUCGUCUUGGCCGUCAGCUACGCGCUCGGGUACAACAUGAACUCCAUGUCCGUCGGCCGGGACGCCUCCGACGAGCAGCUGGCCGCACUGCCCCAGUGGUGA